AUGAAAACGCUGACACGCGAGAUUAACGCGACGCUGUUGGCAAUGGAGAACUCAGGUGCAAUAUCGCCAAUCGACCGACGCAUGGCGAGAGCACAAGAAACGGCCCUAGCCCGAUUCUACGGUCUCCCAAAAGUGCACAGAGAGGGCGUUCCUCUCCGGCCUAUCGUAUCACUAAAGGGCACUCCAACCUCCGGACUGGCAAAGUGGCUGUUCCAACGUCUCAAGUUCCUGACCUCCGAUUCGAACACCACAGUCAGCUCGUCAACGCAAUUCUUGGAGAAACUUAAAACAGUAAGUCUCCUGCCAAGCGAUAUCAUGGUUUCCUUUGAUGUCACGUCCCUUUUUACUUCUAUCCCGUAGGGCCUGGCAGUCGAGACCAUCGAACUACUCCUACGAGAGAAAUACUACGAAACGGAGAAUCGCCUCGGACACGCCCAAAUCAUCCAGCUCCUGAAGUUCUGUCUCAAGACGUACUUUACAUCCGACGGAACAAUCUAG